GCUACUUUCCGGAAAGACCGUCGCAACUCUGAAAUAUCUGUUUUUCGUUUUGUUACAGUUUUGAACACAGAAUUUCUCAAUCUAUUACCAAAAAAAUCGUCACAACCAUAGUCCAAAAAAUAAUCACACGGCGCCACUGUUACGAAUUGUCACUGUUCUGAAUUUCCCCUCCAUUACCAUUCAAGACUGACUCACUUCAGUCACGGCGUUGUAAUUGCAGCGAUCCGGUUUGUUUUUCAGUCAAGAACGUCUUGAUAUAAGAGGUGUCGUCUGUGUUUAUUAACUAUUUCAAGAAAUAUCGUCAUAUCUUUUAUUUGUGCCAGUUGUCUGGGCAAAGACAUACAAUGGAAACUAAGCAAAACAGAAAUUCACUGAUAAUGAAGCUUACAAAGAAAAAUGUAGAAAUUCAUAACAUUGAUAAGCCAAUGUGGGCAAUUCAAAAAUUUUUAAAGGAAUCAGAAGAUCACCUUAGUUUAAAAGAAUGUAUCCAAGAUGUUAAUAAAGCUGAUGCAGAACAACAAGCUAUCUUGGAAUCAUGUGUAGUAUCAUCUUUAAAUACAACAGAGAACAGAACCAUGGGAGAAACAUCAGAAAAAACUUAUACCGAAUUAUCCACAUUACAAGAUAAUGAAUAUAACGUAAAUCAGUACGAUUUAUUUCCGUCUAGUGUAUCUCAGACAUCGAACCAUAAUGAGAAAGAUGUAAUAACCGCUUCAAAAUGUGAAACAAAUCUCAUCGAAAUAGAAGACAAUCAGAUGGUUGAAUGUCAAGUUACAAAUCCUUCAACGUCCAGUGUACCUGCUGUUACCCAGCCGUCAAAUCAUGAUUGUUCCCGUUCUUCGAGUUCAUCCAGUGUUUUAAGUUCAUCCAGUGUUAGCAGCCACUUCAGUAGUUCUGAACCAUUUGGCUCAGGAAAAUCAGAUAUUGAUCCAGAAUAUGAUGUAAGCGCAGACGUCGCGUCAGAUUCUUCCGAUUCGGGUGAUGAAAACGACACAGCAAAACUGGUGGUUAAUAGGAAAGAAGAUCAAACAGUAUUACUCGAGAAACAAAAAGAGGAUGAUUCAACAAAACAAAGAGGAAGAAAGAGAACAUUUAAUGAGGCCAACUGGAAAAAAAAUGUGACUCGACGCUUAAGAAACAGUGGAAAAAGUUACACAUCAGUAAAAAUUGCCAAACUGGCAGAUGGAACUAAAAUAAAAACACAAAUAACUAGAGAUGCAAAAAAAGUGUUACAACCUUGUACUGAAAAAUGUAGGCUAAAAUGUAAGGAAAAAAUCAUGGAAGAACAACGACUAGUAAUUUUUAACGAAUAUUGGAACCUAGCAGAUCUACAAAGGCAAAGGGAUUUUAUUGCAUCAUCAUUGAGUCCCGUAGCAAAAUCAAAGUACAGUAUUGCUAAACGCAGUCUAAAUAAUGCGUAUUAUUUUCAUGUACUUGAAAGGAAACACCGUGUUUGUAAAACUUUUUUUAUGUCUACCUUAGGAAUCACUUCAAGGACUAUAAGAACAGUAUGUGAAAAACAAAAGCAAAAACAAACUCACGGUAUUAUUGCAAACGAAGCAAGAGGAAAACACAAAAAACACAAAACUAGGGACCAUGAUAUUUUGCAAGCAAUAAUGGUUCACAUUCAAUCAAUACCCCGGGUUGAGAGCCACUACUGCCGUGCACGGACCCAAAAAGAAUAUAUAGAGGGAACGAGGACAAUAGCCGAAUUGUACAGGGAUUAUAAAGAAUUAUGUGAAAAUAAAAAAGUACAAUGUGCUACAUACCGUACAUACUACGAUGUAUUUACAAAGCAGUUUAAUAUAGAUUUUUAUUUUCCAAAAAAAGAUCAAUGUGAUCUAUGCCUAGAGUUUCGAAACGCUUCUGAACAAGCUAAAGAGUUGAUAAGACACAGGUAUGAGACCCACUUGCAGGAAAAAGAUCUUUCAAGAAUAGAAAGGGAAAACGAUAAAAAAACUGGAAAGUACAUAGUAACUUUUGAUUUGCAAGCUACCUUACCAUGUCCCACUGGCAAUGCAUCCUCCUUCUACUAUAUUUCGAAACUGAAUACGUAUAAUUUAACUUUUGCCAGUUUCCCUGACAAAGACGUGUCGUGUUACGUUUGGCACGAGGGGGAAGCUAAAAGAGGUGCAAAUGAGAUUGGAUCUUGUAUAUGGCAUUUUUUAAAUGAAAUAAAUCAAAAAGGUAUCAACGACUCAAAAAUGAUAGAUAUUAUUUUCUAUACUGAUAAUUGCACAGGGCAGAACAAAAACAGAUUUCUUUUCGGUCUAUAUUCAUUUGCUGUACACACAUUGAGCAACAUAAACGUUAUCACACAUAAAUAUUUAAUAAGAGGCCACACUCAAAAUGAUGCUGAUAACGUUCAUUCGGUAAUAGAGCGACAAAUAACACGAUACAAAAAGGCUGCAGCUAUUUAUGUACCAGAACAGUACAUUACACUUAUCCGACAAGCGAAAAAAACAGGCCAACCUUACAAGGUUCACGAGUUUAGCCAUGAUGAUUUUCUGGACAUUAAAGAUUUAACAGCUAGCAUGGGCAUGAAAGAAAUUUAUAAGACUUCAAAUGGGGAAAACGUAAAAAUCUCUGAUAUUAAGGUAUUUGAGGUCAGAAAAGACACACCUGCCAAUUUCUUUUGUAAAAUAUCCUACGCAGAAGAUAAUUUUUUGAACAUUAAUAUGCUUUGUAGAAGAUCAAAUUGGAAUUUGCAGAAUUUACACUUUAAAAAAUUAUACAAUAGGAAACUUGAAAUAUCUGAUAAAAAGAAGCAGGGAAUUAUAUCACUAAUGGAAAAAAAUAUAAUCCCAAGUUUCUACCACACUUUCUAUUUAAACCUUUAAUUAGAUCACAUUUUUUUCGAAUAUAUUUACCGUUUAAGUUUUUUUUUGUGUCAUUUAAAUGAGUUUGAUUUUUAUUAUUGUUUAACUUUAUUUUUUGGUUCACGUAGUAAGAAUUACAAUUAAGUUUAGGUUGAUUUAUUAGUUUUCUUAAGUAGUAAUAGUAAUAUGUUUGUACUUUAUUUAAAAUAAUAAACGUUUUUUACUAAAUAUAGACUAAGUAUUUUUAUUACUUCAGUAGGUAUAACUUAAAAAGAACAUAAUAUUUUUUGGGAAAGACCGUCACAUUUAGCUAUUAUCCUGCCAAUCCUUAUAAACUAAAAAUGAUACAAUUAGUGAAAUACACAUAAUAUAUGUUCUUUUCCAAUAAUAAUUAAACUUUUAUACCAUUGUUAAAAAAUAUACAAAAAACAAAAAAAAUAAAAUUCUGGAUUCUUUAAUCGGCUCUACUGAAAAGUGGCAAUAAUCCAGUUGUGUCGGUCUUUCCGGAAGGUAGC